GCGCCGCCAUCGUCGACUUUUCAUCAGAUUGCUCCGCCGAAGUACCUUGACUUGAAACAUAGUGGAGAAAUUGCCGAAAACUGGAAGCUUCUGGAAGGAGAAAUAUAACAAUUAUUUUGUCAUUUCUCGUUUGGAUCGGGAAACCCCGAAGUUUCAAUUGGCGAUGUUCAAACAUACGAUCGGAGAUGAUGCGUUGAAAGUCAUCAAAACAUUCAACUACGCCGAGGGGGUGAACUCGAGUGAUUGGCGCAUUGUAAUGGGAAAAAUGGAGAAGCAUUGCAUCGGCGAAGUCAACAAAAUUUGCGAACGAUACUGUUUUAAUAUGAGAGACAAGCUUCCAACGGAGUCGAUUGAUAGUUUUGUUGCCGAGUUGAGGAAUCUGGCCAAAACAUGUAAUUUUUGCGAUUGUUUGCGGGAUAGUUUAAUCCGUGAUCGUAUUGUCCUCGUUUUUAAUUCCAAGCACAAUAGAAACACAAAGACACGCGAAGAUACACGCGAACAGGCACCUCCAGGUACACGCGUGGAAACAUUCGACCAGCCGCCCAAUCCGUUGUCUUCGGUGCCGGACGCACCUAAGUCGCCCAAUCCUUUACAGGCACCGAGAUCGAAGGUCCACGCGAGUCCGUCAGCCGCCCAAGCGUCUACAGGA